UCGCGCUUGCUUUGCCCAUCUAGCCGGGCGUCCGUCUCGCUGCAGUUUGUAGCCGUUCUUGCUCGCCCACCGGUAACCAGGAAGCCGCGGCGGUACCGAAGAGAGGCCGGAUUCGAUGUGCGGAGGACGGCAAUCUGACGCAGGUGAGCAGCGCGGAUUAGCCCGACGGGCUGCGGAUUGUCUUCUUUUUGACCUCCUCAGAGAGCCCAGUGCUCCUGCAGGUUUCUAAGAGAUGGAGUCGACCCGCGCAGAAAUGGGCACCGUUCAGGAACCGACCCCGGAUGGGGCACCAAUCCAUUCCAGUUGACAAGUUAAUGUGAGGAACAUGAGCAGAGCCAGAGGAGCAGAAGAACCUGCUGAAGAGCCAGUUGGCAUUUGUUGUUGCCCCCCCUGAUUUGUGACGUGCCACCCACCUUGUCCACACCACAGCAGGGACACACAGGUGUUGUACCUUCUUCCUCUUCUCUAAUUAAAGAUUCAUCCCGGAAGCCUUAAUGUCCCAAACCAGAGAGAGCGAAGAGCAGGAUAAAGAGAACAGUCGGGGUGCCCGUCCCAAAAUCAGGCUGAGCCGGUCAGAGGAAAAGCGAGAAGGCAGUACGAGGAGAAAUGGAAGAGGAAAGAAGAAGAGUCGGCAGCCCCAGGCGACGCAGCCGUCCGAGAAUGACCUGUGCGAGGAGAUUCGGGUGCAGGUGUCCUCCGGCAAAGGUUUGCUCUCACAGGAGAAGCGGAAACGCCAGGGCUGGGCUUCUGUGGGGGGGGCUUCGCUUCAAGAACUUGACUCCGAGAACUUGGUGCUAGUGGAGGAAGAGGAGGAGGACUGUGGGACCAAGUGGUCAAGUGGACGUUCCCUGCGGCAGAAGAUCCAGGAUGCAGUGGGGCAGUGCUUUCCCAUUAAAAGCCACCCUAGCAGCAGUGGCAGUGGCAGCAGCAGUGGCAGCAGCACCCAGUCCCCCCCUCUAGCCUCUUCACGUCGGAAAAUCCAUCUGAGCGAACUAAUGCUGGAUAAGUGCCCGUUUCCAGCUGGCACAGACUUGGCUCAGAAAUGGUACCUUAUUAAGCAGCACACGGCGCCCAUUUCCCAGCCUGCCUUGCUGGACACCUUGGGCAGCAGCGGAGGCAGCAGCACAUGCAUGAUCAGCUGCCCGCUCAACACGGGUGCUGCAGUCAUCGAGGAUGAGGAUGACCGUCUUCGUGAAAGACGACGGAUUAGCAUUGAGCAAGGGGUGGAGCCGCCACCCAAUGCCCAGAUCCACACUUUUGAAGUUACGGCGCAGAUCAACCCGCUGUACAAACUGGGACCAAAAUUGGCUCAUGGGAUGAAUGAACUGGCGGGGGACGACCGGGCCACCAUACAGCAGCAGCUGCGGCAACAGCAACAGCAGUUACUCUUACAGAACUGUCUGGACACCCUGGAGGAGACCGCAGGCCCGACGUCCUCCUCGCCUGGCGUUUCUCCGGCCAACCCGUCUACUGUGGCAAUCCCUGCCAUCCAAGGUGAACGGCUGAAAGGCCGCGAGAGCUACCGCGUCCAUACCCAGAUCGAUUACAUCCACUGUCUUGUCCCAGAUCUCCUCAAAAUCACCAACUUGCCCUGCUACUGGGGCGUGAUGGACCGCUAUGAAGCGGAGGCCCUCCUGGAGGGAAAACCCGAGGGCACCUUCUUGUUGCGGGACUCUGCCCAGGAGGACUAUCUGUUUUCAGUGAGCUUCCGCCGCUAUGGCCGCUCCUUGCAUGCGCGCAUUGAGCAGUGGAAUCACAACUUCAGUUUCGAUGUCCACGAUCCUAGUGUCUUUCAUGCCUCCACGGUCACGGGUCUUCUUGAGCACUACAAAGACCCCAACUCCUGUAUGUUCUUUGAACCCUUGCUCUCGAACCCUAUUCACCGCACAGUUCCAUUCAGCUUGCAGCAUAUCUGUCGUGCCGUCAUUGCCAGCUGUGCCACUUACGACGGCAUCAAUAUGCUGCCCAUUCCCAGCUCCCUGAAGGAGUACCUGAAGGAGUACCACUACAAGCAGAAGGUCCGCGUCCGGAGGCUGGACACUUGGUGGGAGUAGCCUUUCUGACCAGUUACCCACAGUUCCUUCGUGUUGCUUGGCUCAUUUGUUUGGUCUACUGUGAAAAGAUGGCAUGGAGUCGGUGUCUGGCCCUCCGCUCCUAAAAGUCGUUGUUUAUCAGUCGACCCUGCCCUCCCAAGUAGGUCCAUACCAACUGAGCUACCAGGUAGUGUCGGGUGUGGCGUGCCAGCCACUGUGUCACACGUCAAGCUUGCGGUUCUCCUCGGUGCCCACAGUCUGGACAGAUCUGUGUUUAUCAUUGAUUUUCGUAUUACGUUGUCGGCGGAGUGAAGUUCGCUUAGGGUCUCACUCUCACUCUCACUCUCACUUAGUCAGCAGGGGUGAGAUGCAAAUCCGGGAAGUUCUUCUGUUCAGCCAGUGACCGAUUUGGCCGCCCAUGCCGCAAGUCACAAGCCUUCAAAUGGGACCGCACAUUAGUCCUCGAGAGUCGCACACAUUUCUUGAUAGCCGGACUUGUGAUGGGUGGCACCCUUUAGUAACAAAGCCCACCGUAGGUUGCCCACCCUGCUCUAAGUUAGGGCAUCGAGAGGCGUUCACUUAUGAGUUACUCUUCAUAAAUAAAAAAGGAAACAAACAACAUGAUUGGACAAUUCGCUUCGGGUGAAGAUGGGGAGGUGGUGGCACCACAGCCCACCUCUAACACUGAAGGCGAUUUGGAAAGGCUUACAAGACCAAAGAAUUGAACAAAGUUAUCCAGCCACACGUGGGACCGACUUGAUCCCUCGUAGCACCGAGUGUCUCGUCUUUCUCCAUUAUUCUGUUUGUUAAAUUAUUAACGUUUGUCGGUGACGUGAGCUUGCUGGUCUCCAUGUUCUCUGUCUGUUGGCGCUCCUUUCAAUACCAAAUGAGAUUAUCUUGAGAUACAAAUGUCCGAGGCACACCGGCCAUAGUGGAGCAUCAAAAGAAUCGCACGCUCGUGUCUUCUUGGCGUGUGUUUCGUGUGUCGUUUUCGUAACGUGGCUUGUGCGGCGCCAGACGUGAAUGUUGGACACAUUGGAACUACCACUAGUAGGUGCUGUGCCGGUGGUCCAUCUACACGAUGGGACUGACCAGUCCGGCAUUGGAAAUACGCUGGCUUUUAGUAACCAUUUAGUGGUCCGGGUUGGGGGGGGGCAUAGGGAUGGCACCGAAGUGCACCAAAAGUCGUGGGGGGGGGGGGGUUAACACAACAUGAAAGAUUUUGGCCUAUCAUUACAACCCAAAGGUCACCUGUUUGUGCCAAGUUGGCACCACCAUGGGGUGAAAUCCUAGACUUAAUGUUGUUAAAGCACAAUAACAAAACCUCAGGCUUGACGCAAGGAGACCGCUGACAAUGGCGUGACAGAAAGGGGGCGCUGUGUCCAAAGAAUCGUCUUAAGAUUUCACGUGCUCGCUACCGCCGUCAGAUGGUGGUCUUUAUUCCGAAUAUUCCUGGGUUGAAGUGCACUGAAUGUCCGAGUCGACGCUUGACCUGCAUGAACAGAAUUUGGAUUUUUCUUUUAUUCCGUUUUUUAUUCUCCUGAACUCCGGCCAUCUGUUUCAACUCCCACUAGUCGGCCUCGUGCCAGUCGCCGUUGGGCAUUUUAUCGUUGAGAGCCGAGCUUCAUGGGGAUGCUGUGGGUUGAGGUGUUUGAGGUCGACCUUCCAAAAAAAAAAAAGCACUGCUGACAAAGUCAAGACUGGUUAGAUAGCACAGAUCAAAGGGCGCCUGUGGCCCUGCUGGCGAUGCCAGCUUCGCUUGUGAACAUUUAGGACUCGCCAUGGCCUGCCUUUUGGGGGGGGGGGGGGGGUUGGGUUGAAGAGGACUGCACUAUUGUGACAAAAUAUUUCUGUCCUGUUGGCUUUAAACACAAACAAGUCCAUCACUUUGUUUUAUAUGCUGCGGGCCGACAUCCAUUUGAUGCCAAUGACCAAUGCCGGGGCCAGUGACACUUUAACGAUGGGUGGCGGCCCGGGCAGAUUUUCAUGCACCACCUGAGUUUUUUUUAUUUUAUUUUCAUGGGAUAGUUUGGUGGCGUUGAAGUUUUUUUCCAAGCUUCCAAUUGGCACAUUGACCCAUUCCUGUUGCCAGCUGAGUGAAGGAUGUGCCCAAUCCCCACCCACCCAAAAACAAAGUGCCACAGAUGGGUGUAGAUUGAGGGAAUGGGGACUCCACUUGCAUUUCCAGCAGCUUUGCUCAGUGGCCCGUUUUAAGUUGGCGCAGUUCACUGUGACGUUUGAGCAGCUACCAAUGAUGAGCACACUGCCCUUUGUCUCGCCCUCCUGUUUGCCCAAACCCUAGGCUGGCGUUUGAGUCGGGGCCCGUCCGUCUUUUCUUGCUGUUAAGUGUCUUUAUUUGAUGUUAAUACGAAUAAAAAAAAAAAAAGAAAAUGUGUAUCAAUGUG